AUGCUCCGCCGUUGCGUUUGCUCCACUCCACUUGCACGCACCGCCGCCGCCGGUGCACGCACGUACUUUUACCCUAAUCCUGGUGAAACGGGCAUCAGUGGUGCUACUAUGAAGACGCUACUGAAGAUCACCUGCAGUGUGAUCCUCGUCCAGGCAUUGGCCAUUCGAUACUUUGUUUUCGAGCGGUACGGUACGAAAAACCAGUACGUGCAGGAUUGCACAGACCUUUGGGAUGAUGAUGGAACAGUAAUGGAGGGUGAGGAAGCUGUUGCCAACCUUCGCAUCCAGCGCGAGCGCAUCAUGCCCUUUAUGAAUGAUAUUAAGGAAAAACUUGAGGCCGCUGGUGCGGAUACCGACCUCGCUUAG